CAGACUUCCCUCUCCCUCCUUGCAUCUUUGAACUGGUGUCGAGAAGAACGGGUCUGAGGAGGCUUGUCUCCAGUCGGGGGGAUAUGGGCGAGCAAGCGGAACCGAUGCAGUGGUUCGUGUCAAGGCAGCGUCAAAAUUCAGGGCAGUGAUGCCUGGCAUGGUGAUGUUUCGGCGGCGCUGGUCAGUCGGCAGUGAUGACCUGGUGCUGCCUGCCCUCUUUCUGUUUUUGUUGCACUGCAUCUGGCUGGUCGUUCUCUCCGUGGUUUUGUUCGGCCUUCCCUAUGGCUCUGACCAGUCCUGUUCUAUAACACUGGUGGACCAUGGCCGAGGGUACAUGGGCAUCUUGGUCAGCUGCCUUAUCUGUGAGAGCGCCAUCAUAUGGUUGAGUAUGAGAGGCAGCAUCCUAUACACACAGCCCAGGGAAGCUGUGCAGUAUGUCAUCUAUAUCCGACUAGCCAUUCUCCUGGUAGAGCUCGUAUAUGCAGUCGUGGGAAUUGCCUGGCUUGUUCAGUAUUACCAGCCGUGCUCUGAUGUCACCGCCAAAAAUCUAGCUUUGGGGAUUGUUGCGUGCAACUGGCUAGUGAUAUUGAGUGUCUGCAUUACACUUAUGUGCACUUUCGAUCCCACCGGUCGGACAUUUGUCAAACUGAAAGCAACUCGCCGGCGUCAACGUAACCUUACAACAUACACUCUAAGACACAGACUUGAGGAAGGCCAGACCAGCAGCUGGAGCAGGAGGCUGAAAUUCUUUAUGUGCUGCACAAGAGCCCAGGACACACAAUCGGAUGCAUAUUCAGAGGUGGCAAGCCUUUUUGCAGAGUUCUUCAGAGAUCUGGACAUUGUGCCUAGUGAUAUUAUCGCUGGCUUGGUACUCCUUCGUCAGACGCAGAGGUCUAAAAGAUCAUCUAUCCUGGACCAGGGCAACAACGAUAUCUUAGCCUUCCUGUCCGGGAUGCCUGUUACUCGCAACACUAGAUAUCUGGAUCUGAAGAAUUCGACUGAGAUGGGCAUGUACAAGGAUGUGUGCUACUACAUGCUCUUUGCUCUCGCUGCAUAUGGUUGGCCCAUGUACCUGAUGAGAAAGCCAGCAUGCGGGCUGUGCCUCCUUGUUAGCACCUGCCCCUGCACAUCAGUGUCUGGCUCACGUUUGUCCCAGUCAGUGACAGUGGAGGAGGACAAUUGUUGUGGUUGUAAUAUUUUGGCCAUACGCAGGCAAUUCUUGGACCGGGAUCUCAAGCAGGUUCACAUUGUCUACACUUCCUGCCAUGAUGCUGUUUAUGAGACUCCAUUUUUUGUGGCAGUGGAUCAUGAAAAGAAGAAGGUGGUUAUCAGUAUCAGAGGGACAUUAUCACUAAAGGAUGCCUUGACUGAUUUGUCGGGGGAUUCUGAGCGUUUACCAGUGGAGGAGCAGCAAGGGACCUGGCUUGGACACAAGGGGAUGGUUUACUCAGCAGAGUACAUCAAGAAGAAACUGGAGCAGGAAAUGAUAUUGUCGCAAGCUUUUGGCAGAGACUUGCCCAUAUUAGUGUGCCAGUGUGAUGAUUGGGGCCAUCUCUCACAGAACAAGGGCACCAUGCAUUAUGGACUGGUGAUAGUAGGCCAUUCUCUUGGUGCUGGGACUGCUGCAAUUCUCUCCUUCCUGCUGAGACCUCAGUAUCCCACACUUCACUGCUACUCUUACUCCCCUCCUGGUGGCCUUCUUAGUGAGGAUGCCAUGGAGUACUCUAAAGAGUUUGUCACCUCUGUAGUAUUAGGAAAAGAUCUAGUACCAAGACUGGGCCUGUCACAAUUAGAGGGCUUUCGUCGCCAUCUGCUUGAAGUUCUACAAAAAAGUAACAAACCAAAGUGGAGGAUCAUCGUGGGAGGUACUAAAUGCGUCCCAAAGUCGGAGCUUCCACUGGAGGAGGAGGAUCCUCCGUCUCAGCAAGCAGCACCUCCCAGUCGCCUGUGGCUCCAUCCAAGUGACCUCAGCAUCGCCCUCUCAGCCUCGACUCCCCUCUACCCUCCUGGUCGCAUCAUCCACGUGGUGCACAACCAUCCUCCAGAAACCUGCUGUGGUCAAGAAGAGCCAACGUACUCGGCUCUUUGGGGGGACAACAAGGCCUUCAAUGAGGUCAUCAUUUCGCCUGCCAUGCUGAAUGAACACAUGCCUCACAUGGUGAUGGAGGGUCUAAACAAGGUACUGGAGAACUACAACAAGGGAAAAACGGCUCUGCUGUCUGCAGCCAAGAUCAUGGUGAGCCCGACAGAAGUCGACUUGAACGCUGAGAAUGUGUUCAUGGCUGCAUCUGCGACAGCACAGCAGCCGAUGGCUACGACCCACCACCACCGCAGGAACAGUAGUGUUCGUUCCUGUGCCCAGUCCGAAAUAUCUCUGGAUGGUUUCUCUGAGUGCGCUCCUCCUCCAGUGCCCGUAGUGUUGCGUGGAGCACGGGAGCGCCUGACUGUGGAGCUUAGGGACCGCAAAGCUCCGUUGGCUGUCAUGGAAAGCCUGUCAGACGCUGAAUCGGUCUACAGCCUGGAUUCCAGGCGCUCCUCUGCUGCACUUAGAGGUUCUCCGAUGCUUAGUAGCCUCCCGUUCCCUUUGGAUGCCCCGAUUCCUGAAGAGAAUCCGUCUCUCAGCUCUCGGACUGAACUGCUGGCAGCUGACUGCCUCUGCCAGGCCACACCAGAACACAUGGGGGAGAUCGGGCCUUUCUUUACGCCACUGGACCCCGUGUCUAAUCCGGAGUGCUCGAUAGAGCUUUCCCCCGCCACGCCUCGCUACAGUGGACAUUAUUCCCCUCAGCCUUUUGACGCAGAGUCUAAUAUCUACUCUAAAAUUGACCCUGAUGUGGAAGAGAUGCCGGGUGUCUACAGCCCAGGUAGCACCCCUGACGCUCCCCGCAGUCCACAAAUUGCUUCGAGAGCAAUGGAUCGCGACAAAGAACAGUGGGAGUUUGGCACGGAGACUGGACGGGAAAAUUCCCCGCCGCCAACCCACUUAUCAAAUGGGAACCCCAGCCGAACAGUGCUGGAGUUUGCCCAGUACUUGGACUCUCUAUUUAAACUAGAUGGCAGCAGUUCACCUCCAAUGGAUCUGUCUGAUGGGGAGUCGGAGUCGGGACGCGGCUCUCUAGGCCACGUGGAGUGUUUGGCAGAUGAACCGGAUGACAAGCGGCUUCUGGCCAGGGCAACAUUGGAGCCCAACUUGGUGCCCAAACCCCCACGCACUUUUGCUGGAUCUGCUGACCCCUCUUCGGGCAUCUCCUUGUCACCUUCCUUCCCUCUUUCAUCAUCUGAGGAACUCAAUGACCUUUCACCCGGUGAGGGUGCCCCUCCUGCCAUCGAAUCUCUACGGACCUCUCUCCCUAUCCACUGUCCUGAGGAGAACACUCUGUCCUCUAUGGUGUAGUCUUCUAACUUCAAACAACUCUAAUUGAAGUGACAGACAUCCAAGAUUUAAAUUAAAAAAAUAAUUAAAAGAAUCACAUUAUGUGCAUGCGAUGGUCAUGGAAUGUAUGUAGUCACAUAAGGACAAAGCUUGACUUGCCGACUCACAAACAAUUUCCAUUCUUCAGGUGUCCUCCUCCCUCUUAAAGGAUGCUUCUAGCAUUUUCGCACUAUUGCAAUGACUACAAAGAAGAUACCUCUCUGCAUGCCAGGGGGCUGUGCUGCUUUUGGGUGGAAAUGAACAACUGUAGCUUCACAAAUAUCGUUCCAAAACAAUGUCAUGGUACAUUUCAGCAUAUGUUCAUCCCCUGACUUGACUCUACAAAAGAGAGAGUCGUACGUUAACUUUGCAGGGAUUCAAAAGCUAACACUGUAGAAGAAGCUAUCAUCUUAGGUUGGGUUGAUGUGCUCUCCUACUUCUUGCACCCUCAGCGCCAUAUUUUCUUCCUGCAUUUUAUUUGUCAUCGCUCAUUCAGGAAUGUGAAGUAUGUCGGUUCGUAGAAGUGUGAAGACGUGACACAAUGUUCCUCAGGUCUAUACGGAGUUGGUGUCGAGAAAAAGAUGGUGUGGGUGGUUGAAGUCGUGUCUUAAAACAUUUGCUGAUUGUGACGUUAUUACAGACGCUUAUGGAUGUUUUUAAGCCUUUUUGGUUACUCUUUACAGUGCAUGAAAGUUCUUUUGUCUUUCUUUUCAAAGAGGGUUUUAUCACUAAGCCACUUGGAUUGACAAUUAGGUAAAUCAUGUUUGCUUAGUCCCCCUCUUUACUAAAUACCUUGAUAUUGCCAAAUGUAUUUCUCAGAUGUAUAUGUUCAUUGCUUUAUUUAAACACAAAGAGCUA